AAUUCCACCAAAACACAUGAUGAAGACUGGAGAGUACAUCAGCCGAAACGUUGUGAUAACAACAAACACGAUGAGGACACCUAUCUCUCCAUUAUAAAUUAUGUACACCAACAAUAGUUAGAAGUGGUGAUGGGCUGUCAAACACAGACAAACACAUAUACAUCCAUACAUAUAUAUAGGCUGAAUUCGGAGUUAGGAAGCACCAACAGGUUGGUAUUUCUCCAUUUUGAUGGAGACGUUUCAGAUUUCUGUACAUGGUGCCCUUGGAAAUGAUGUGGAGUAUCUGUUUUACAAAAAACUUAUCGUCCCUUCUCUGGAGCAAUUGUCAAUUUUGUGGGCACCAUGCACUUAAAAUCCAGGCAUAACUACAGAAUUCUGUCCCACCGACUUUGGAUGAUCAUAACUUUCAGAAAAAUGGAUAUUUUGUAAUGAAAUUUUAUAUGCAUAUGUGUUAUAUCAUGUAGAUUCCGAAUAUACAAACUUUUGUGGGGAGUGGGGGAUCCACAUAACGAAGUCCCAUGAAGUUCUUAUUCUUUCUGAAUGAAGAAUACAAACAUAUUAUUGAAUAUCAUGUUUGCUUCUAUAAGGACUGUUUACCUUUAAAGCGAAAAAGCAAAACCAGCUUAUAUAAUAAGAAAAUAUUUAAACAUUUGUUGUGGUUUCAAUACCUAGAGAUGCAAUGGUAUGCUACAAGUUUCUUUUGAAAGGGAGAGAGAAAAUAUAGAAAGUCCUCAUUUUGAACUCAGCUCUAAAUGUAACUGCAGAAGAAGACCCAGUUUUGUAUUUAAAUAUAUAGCAAGAAAUGAAAUGAAGACCAUUAUGCAAUACCUAUUUAAUUUCAUCAAAGUGUCUGCAGCAAAAACCAGUUUAUUACACAUUAAAUGGCAUCUAGCCAUUGGAUGCUUGAUUCGGUUUGUGUUAAUUGGUUAUGGUAUAUGGCAAGACUUAUAUUUCGAUGUCAAAUAUACAGAUAUUGAUUACAGUGUGUUUACUGAUGCCGCAAAGCAUGUUGUGGAGGGAUUGAGUCCUUAUAAGAGACACACAUACCGCUAUACACCUUUGUUGGCAUAUUUUUUGACACCAAAUAUUUUACUUUCAUUUCAUUUUGGAAAAUUUGUUUUUGUAGUAUUUGACUUACUUACUGCUUUUACAAUUUUCAAGAUUGUUCAGCUAAAACAUCAAUCAAGAAGACUGUCUACAUUGUGUUCAAUGUUUUGGUUGUAUAAUCCACUUUCUAUAACUAUAUGUACCCGGGGUAAUGCUGAAUCUAUCAUAACUUUCCUAGUUCUCUUUAGCUUACUAACAUGCCUUAAAAGACAUUUAUUUUUUGCAGCUAUGUUGUAUGGAAUUGCUAUACACACCAAAAUAUAUCCAAUCAUUUAUGCUCCAUCUAUUUACUUAAACCUUGCAUCUGAAUCAUUUACAAAACCUAACAAAAAGCUACAAAAGAUAAAAAAUCUUCUUUUACCCAACUCUGAUCAGAUUUUAUUUGCCUUAGUUUCUAUCUUAACUUUAGCUUCACUGACCAGUAUCUUUUACUUCGCUUAUGACUGGCCAUUUAUUCAGGAAGCAUAUCUCUACCACAUAAGCCGUAAAGAUACUCGGCAUAACUUUUCUCUGUUUUUCUACCUUCUGUAUCUUACAGCAGAUUUGAGUCACUCAACACUGAUUGGCCUCAUUACUUUUCUACCACAGAUCAUUCUAAUUUUAGCCAUAACACUUGUAUACUUUGCUGACUUACCCUUCUGCUGGUUCCUUUUAACUGUAAUUUUUGUGAUGUUUAACAAAGUAUGCACAUCCCAAUAUUUUCUCUGGUAUCUCUGUCUCCUCCCCUUACUUCUGCCUUCUCUGCAACUGACUGUAUUUCAUGGAUUAAUUUUAAUUCUACUUUGGUUUCUUGGGCAAGGCAUAUGGCUUCUACCUGCUUAUUUCUUGGAAUUUGAAGGUAGCAACACUUUUAUAUAUAUUUGUCUUGCUAGUGUCGUCUUUUUCUUUAUUCAAACCUUUAUUCUUUAUAUUCUUAUCAACAAGUAUGUAUUCAGUAAAAAGAAAAUUGUAAAAAAUAAAUAA